AUGCUGAAGUAUCUGGCAGGCAAGAGCCCAAUCAGCUUCGCAUCCUCAGGGUUUGGGUAUGCGGAGGAGGAGCCUGUGGAAACUCCAUUUGGGCACAUACAGAGCUACGUAUGGUAUCAUGGCUCAGCUAAGGCGGGAGGGGCUCCUGCGACCCUCUUCAAGUAUACAGCCAAGAACCGCAAUGCGACGGGUCAAAACCUAGAACAGGAGUUUGCGGAGCGUCACCUUCGUACCAUCAAACUAAUUCUGCACCCAAACGUCCUAAAGCUGCUCAAGGUAAAGCAAACUGACACGGGCAUCACCAUCGCAACGGAGCGCUGCUAUCCCCUGUCGCAAGCGAUGUCAACGGACCCCGCGUUGGGGUUGGCUCAGAUCAUAUCAGCGCUUAAUUUUCUUCACACCAAGUGCAAUAAGACGCACUGCCUUGUGUCUCCCACCGGCGUUGUGGUGCGGGACGACGGUUCUUGGUGCCUCACAUCCUUCGAGUGCACUGUGGACAAUGACACAUCCAUACACCGGGUCCUGGCGGAGCUAAAGUGGCACGCCUCGUGGAGCAAUGGGUGGCGCAUGCCGACGCUUACAAAUGCGUGCGCAAGCGUGAGGCAAAUAGACCAAUGGGGGCUCGGAGCGCUCAUGUGCUGGGUCCACACGCUUAUAGCGGGACAGAUCGAUCUCUGCACCCUGUCAAGACAUGAUCGCGACCUGUAUUCACUGAAACGCUACGCACCGGCCAACCUCCACGGGCUUAUCGACAAGCUCAUGUCACCGGACCACGACGUUGAUCUAGAGGAGGUGCUGAAGACGCAUCCCUAUUUCACUGAAAAUGAGGGCAUAUCCGCAAUGUCGUUUGCCAUGGAAUUUCACAUAAAGAAUGAAGAGCAGAUGUCCGCGUUCUUUUCGCAGCUACCCACAAAGCUCACGCGCAUACCGAACGAUAUUGCUUGUAAACAGCUACUGCCGGAGAUACUGAAGGUUAUGUUUUUGCACAGGUCGCUGAUACCGAGUAUCCUGGAAUCUGUGAUCACGAUAUGCAAGUCCAUGCUGCUAGACGAAUUCAAGGUCAAGGUGUACCCUCACAUCUCAAAGUUAUUCAAAGAAAACGACAGAGCCAUCAGGUACAGCCUACUGCGACUGAUGCCUGAUCUUGACCCGAUGCUCGACGAAAACCAGGUGUCAGAUGACCUCCUCGAACCUAUGCUCAUAGGGUUUGGUGACACAGCGUCGCAAAUCCGGGACGAAACGGUGAAGGCAAUGGUGUACGUCAUGAAGAAGAUUAAGAAACGCCAACAACAAAAUGCGGCGAUGCUGCUUUUCAAGUGUGUCGAGGACUGCGAGCCUACGAUCAGGGUGAACACCAUCAUAUGUUUCGCGAAAAUCAUCCCCUUUGUACAACACGAACUGGUUGAAAAAGUUGUACCGCAGGUGUGGCGCCUUGGACUAAGCGAUUCGUUCCUUAAAUCAAAGCUGGCAACACUAGAGUCAAUUUCCGCAUCACAUGGCUUCUUUGGAACGAAGCAGAAGGUUGAAAUUCUGCUGCCACUGGCGUGUAACACUCUGCUUGACAGCGAGCCACAGGUGAGGCGGAUGGGCUUCGACACGAUCCACUCCAUCCUGGACUCCCUAAAGGAUCACGUUGCGGAAGGUGGCAACGAGAGUUUCGACAGCCAAUGGGCAGGGGUGAACAAGACCGCGACACACAAGCAACAACAAGCUCCGCAGCCCAUGACUUUAGCGUCCAGUGCGGCGCAAACUGGGGGAUUCAGACAGCCGCCUGCGCCCUUGAACAUGCCAGGCCAGCGGUAUCAACCCCCGCAGCAACUGUGGGCGCCAAGUCAAGAACAUCGGAUAACUACUUCCAAGGAAUCGCCGCUAAAACCAGCGAUGCACGACAACAUAGACGAACUGGAAGCCUUUUUCGACCCGUUUCCAACGAAAAGAUAA